AUGGCGUCUGUGGCUCCGUUCUCCCGCCGGCAGUGGGCAUCCCAGUCUCUGCGCGUCACGGCCAAAGAGCUGUCUAUUGUGAGGGGCAAGAACAGCUCUAUUGCAGAACGAUUCAACAAAUAUCAGAUGGCGGCAGAAGAAGGAAAUGCAGACAAGAAAAAAGCUACUGAAAAACCUCUGACGUUGAGUUCUGGAAACCUGAGCUCUCUGAAGAAGCGCUGGGAAGAAGCUCAGCAGCAGCAGCAGUCUCUCUGCUCCCCAGACCAUCCCCUUUACCGGCCUGAGCUCAGCCUCUCCGCGGGACCCAAGGCUGACGUACCAAUUGUGCGCGUGGAGGGGUGUUGGGACACAGCCGGAGACAUGGACCAAAGCCAGGCAGCAGCACCUGAAGGCGUCCCAGAGGAGGAGAGGCCCAGUGUCCCGCUCGACAGCCUCAAGAAAAUGUUCGAAAAGGGUUCGGAGCAGACUGCCAAAAGCAGCAGCAUGGACACGCUCAUCACAGCUGACGGGAGCCUGGCUGAGUCAACUCCUCUGAAGGACAGGAUGGCUCUGUACCAAGCGGCUGUCUCCAAGGAGGCUACCCCCCCCCCUUCGGGGGAGCAGAAGGAGAAUGUGCCCCCAUUUCAUCUGGAAACGAGCCCAGAGUCUGACGUCUCAGUGAGCAGGAAGAUCUUUUCUCCAGAGAAAAAUGGAGCUGCUGUCCAUCACAAAGACUCUCCACUGGCCCGCACUCCCAGGAGUUUCUGCGCCCCUGUGUCCCGGGAGGUGUGCGUCUCCUGUCAGAAGACUGUGUAUCCUCUGGAGAGACUGGUGGCCAAUCAGAGCGUGUACCACAGCUCCUGCUUCCGCUGCGCACACUGCAACAGCAAGCUCAGUCUGGGGAACUACGCCUCGCUGCACAAUAACGUGUACUGCAAGCCUCACUUCUGCCAGCUCUUCAAGGCCAAGGGGAACUACGACGAGGGCUUCGGACACCGGCCCCACAAGGAGCUGUGGGGCCCCAAAGCGGAUGGAGAGAGCCCAGAGCCCAGCCCUCCCUCCAGGCUCCCACUGCAGGAGCAAGGGGGGGUCCAGGGGGGGGCGAGGCCGAUCUCAGCCCAUGUGUGGAGGACUCUCCUCUGGCCAAAGCUGAAAAUCUCCUGGCCUCCACGCACCCAGCCAGACCAGGGCACCACACCUCGAGAGGAAAGUCCAGACCAGGAGAACUGCAAGGGCAUCACCAAAGCACCAUGGCCCCCACAGGAAGAGGAAGAGGAGAUAGAGGAAGAGGAGGAGAGGGUGAGCCAGGCGGAUGUGGAGCCGGAAGAACAAGCCACCAGUCCAGAGUCGAUGGAGGAGGACAAGUCCAGCUCCAGUGUGAUUGAGGAUCAGGUGGAGGAGCAAAUGGACGAACAGAGAGCCAGUCCAGAGUCCUCUCCCAGUCAUACCCCCACAGAGGACAGCUGUGUGGAUGUCCAAAGCAGCUCUGGAGAAGAGGAAGCUGCUCUGGGCCAGCCUCAGAGUCAUGAAGAAGAUCAACCAGAGAUGGGGGAACCAGAGGAGGAGACUGUGGAGGAGGUCACACCAUGCACGCUGAGCUCCUCUGAUGGGGAGGUGGAGGCCAGCCGCUCCUCGCAGGACGUUGGUUUCUGGGACAGCGAGGAGGUGGAGGAGAAGGAGGAGCUAACUGUGGAGGAGCUCAUCAAGCGAAACAGGGUCUAUGAGGAAGAGGAGGAGAACAACGCAUGA